AUUGGGUUGAAUAUAAAUGGUGGUGAAGUUGGACACAAACGCACUGUCUCCAUCUCAGCAUUGUCUGAGAUACAACUACCUUCUCAUAUUUCAUAUUUCACCUCACAGCUCUCCAUAAGAAAUCCUGAAAGGGUGAAGGAUCUCCUGUAUCGCGUGCUUAGAGCAACACAAUGGCACUCACAUCAGCGAGGGCCCUGUUUGUCAUUGCAGCCAUUCUCGGUGUGUCCGUGCAAGCCAAUGCUCAGCUAAGUACAACUUUCUAUGCAAGUAAGUGUCCAAACGCCACUAAUAAGGCGUUCGAAGUAGUAAAAUCGUGGAUAGUGAAGGACAGAAGCAUGGCACCUGCUCUUCUCCGCCUGCACUUUCACGACUGUUUUGUUCGGGGAUGCGAUGCGUCUGUGCUCUUGGAUUCAACAGUAGCCAACAGUGGAGAAAAGGACGCUGGUGGCAACAAGAACUCCCUGAGAGGUUUUGAAAUUAUUGACGAUGUUAAAGCCAAACUCGAAGCCAUGUGUCCAGGAAUUGUCUCCUGCGCCGAUAUUCUCGCUCUGGCUGCCCGAGAUUCUAUGCUAGUGUUUGGAGGCCUGAACUACACCGUUCCUCUAGGCCGAAGAGACGGCGUAAGCUCUUUCGCAUGGGAGGCUAACAACAAUUUACCACCUCCUUUUGCCGAUUUCAACAUGCUGAUGAGCUUGUUCUCAGCGAAAGGACUUACAACAAAGGACAUGGUUGUUCUCUCCGGUGCACACACGGUUGGGUUCAGCCGCUGCUCCACUUUGCAGCAACGACUUUACAAUUUUUCUUCAACGAACUCCACAGACCCGUCCAUUGACCCAUCUUUCGUUCCCAUCUUGAAAAGUAAGUGCAAGUUCGGCUCCACAGGUAUCAUCAUGAUGGAUCAGUCCAAGGCCACCGACACCUGGGACUUCAACUACUUCUCAAACGUUCUCAAAGGAAGAGUUCUCUUCCAGUCUGACGAUGCCAUCAAGAGAACUGCCGAGGGCUUGAAGCUUGUGCAGGCAGAGAACAAGGCUGGAGGGCCAUUCACAGCAGACUUCGGGGCUUCCAUGCUCAAGAUGGGAAACAUUCAAGUGCUGACAGGCACCAGCGGACAAAUUCGUAAGAACUGUCGCGUUGUGAACAAGUAGUGAUGAGGACUCAGUAUCAGCCUGAUACUUAGCAACGCUAAUCUCACAAUUUAGAAUCUCAUCCCUGAAGCUCGGUAUGAGAACAUGACUGCUGCAUGGGGACGCGCCGGUAGUCAUUUUCUCACACGAAGGGCUUCAGUUUUUGAAAUCAACCUCCAUUAGUGACGUCUACGUCAACUUUAAACGAAGAUGCUUGUCAGCAGGAUCCAAUGAUAGCCAUGCCUUCAGUGCAGACGCCGAGGUCUUCCCUCCCGUUUCGUUGGAAGUAGGUAGAACCGAUUUAGAUAGAAGGAAGUUUAUUCUUUAACAUUGGGUUGAGUUGUAGUUAGAACUUAAGGGGUUGAAGAAUCUUUCAGACCUCCUGAACAUUGUCUUCCCGCUUGGGUAGCAAGUGAACUGAUUUUGACAUAGAGCUUCCACCACCGACUUCAAUAUAUAGAUUUCGC